UCUCUCUCUCUCUCCCUCUCUUCUUGAAGCUCUGUUCUUCUCUGCCCUGUCCAAGCUUGUCCCGGACAUCAUGUUCUGUUGGAAUUCCAUGCGGCAGGACUAAGAGACCAAACGAGUCUGGCACACACCCAAGUGGCGUGCGGAUUCAGUGUGGAGUUCAUGCGUGUUUGUUUUGAGUUGCUGUAUAAAAGAGUUGGUCUUGAGACGGUUUCUUUUUUGUGGGCAGUCGCGUUUGGAAAAAUGUCGCAUGAGUAAUGCUGAUGGCUGCCUCGUUCUGUGAUGUCAACCUGCGCUCUGGUCCUCCCAAACUCCAUGACUUCCUCUCGGACCAGAAUGGGAAGACAAGCUCUUUCUGUAGGUCUCACGCACAUGCCCAAAAACUAUGCUCCUAUUCUAGGCAGCAUAAAUUUCUCAAAAAACUAGACACGAAGCAUGUGGAAGUCAAGCAAAGAUUUAAGCUUCACCGAGCUUCUUUUGCGAAGAAUGCUCAUAGUUCAGAAUUGGCAAAAGAAGAUGAUAUUUCCAUGGCAACAUUGAUAUGGAGGGCAAUCAAGUUGCCAAUUUAUUCUGUUGCCCUGGUUCCACUUACGAUUGGUAGUACAUCCGCCUAUCUGCAGUCUAGCACUUUCCCUGCAACACGUUACUUUGUGCUCUUGGUUUCCUCCAUUCUCGUGAUCACUUGGCUGAAUUUAAGCAAUGAUGUUUAUGAUUUCGAUACAGGAGCGGAUAAAAAUAAGAAGGAAUCAGUCGUGAACCUGAUUGGAAGCCGAACAGGAACUCUUGUUGCAGCCUAUUUGUUUCUUGUUCUUGGGUCGAUGGGUCUGAUACGGGUAUCACUAGAGGCAGGACAUUUACGUGCAAUGCUGUUACUGGCUUGUGCUAUCAUCUGUGGUUAUAUAUAUCAGUGUCCACCAUUUCGACUAAGCUACCAUGGACUUGGAGAGCCCUUGUGCUUUGCAGCAUUUGGACCUUUCGCUACUACGGCAUUUUACUGGUUAAUGGGCAACAACAGUAGCGCGAGCUAUCUUCCCUUAACUGGAACUGUUCUGUGCGCAUCUCUCCUUGUUGGCUUCACAACCUCUUUAAUCCUCUUCUGCAGUCACUUUCAUCAGGUGGAAGAAGAUAUCAAAGUCGGCAAAAUAUCCCCUCUGGUUAGGCUUGGAACAGAGAAAGGUUCAUCAGUCGUGAAAGUGGCAGUCGUAGCACUUUACUCUUUUCUACUAACUUCCGGUCUCAGCAGAGAUCUUCCUUUUACUUGCAUCAUACUGUGCCUUCUGACCUUACCUAUGGGAAACCGGGUUGUUAGCUUUGUCGAAGAGAAUCAUGAGGACAAGCGGUCAAUAUUCAUGGCAAAGUAUUAUUGCGUGAGGUUACAUGCUUUAUUUGGAGCUUCAUUAGCUGCCGGAUUGGUGAUAGCUAAAUUUGGCUACAAGAGAUAUGUUCCGAGGUUGAUCUUAUCCUAAGUUCUUGACCUCGAUUCAUGCAUCAAGGACUCAAUGAGAUACGAGCUUCCAUGCCAAAAGUCACGAAGUACUUGGUUGGAUUAUGACGAUGCGUCGAUGUUGCCAAGAAUAGGCCACAAUUUUGCAAUCUGUUUGUAGUUGUACUAAAGUAUGUGCUUGCCUUGCUCUGCAAGAUGAGCAGACUUAGGUACUACAUUCUGUUUAUAGUCCUGUACCAAUUACGAAUGAGAAGCACAUUUAUUCCAAA